CAAACACUUACAAGUAUGCUCGUUAUGACAUAAGCUAGGCUGUAUAAAAAGGUAGGUCGGGACGUAGACAGCACAGUUCGAGAUGGGUCGACUAACGAUAGCCACACUCGCCUUAGGUCUCUUCGCCUGCGCCUACGCGGCACCAGGCUACGGGGGCGGCAGCCUCGGUGGUGGUGGCGGCGGCGGCGGCGGCGGCGGAGGUUUCGGAGGCGGCGGCGGUGGCGGCAAAGGCGGUGGAUUUGGCGGCGGCUCAGGAGGCGGUGGCGGCUUCGGAGGCGGCGGCGGCUUCGGAGGUGGUAGCGGCGGCGGUAAAGGCGGCGGCGGCGGAUUCGGAGGCGGUUCCGGAGGCGGCGGCGGUCUCGGAGGCGGCGGUGGUCACGGAGGCGCCGGAGGUGGCGGCCUAGGCGGUGGACACGGUGGUGCUGGAGGUGGUGGUCUCGGCGGCGGCAGCGGACUAGGAGGUGGCCACGGGGGCGGCGGCGGUGGUGGUCUCGGAGGUGGUCUCGGAGGGGGCCACGGAGGCAGCGGCGGUCACGGAGGCAGCGGAGGUCACGGAGGUAGUGGCAGCGGCGCUCACUCCAGCGCCAGCUCAAGUGCCAGCGCCGGCGCCGGCGGGUACGGCGGACACAGGGGCGGAUACGGACGUUAAGCCGCUCGGACGUUUUCGAUAGAAAAUUCAAAAUUAUGUGAUAUCUAAUAUAAUGUUUUGUUUGCCAUACUUGUAAAACAUCGUUAUAUACUUAGUUGUGAAAUAAAUAAAGCAUCUAUUUAAACUGUC